AUGUCAACAAUAACACCGCCAACAUCAUCAGCAUCAUCACAACAACUUAAUUUUGCUCCUUUACAUCGUACAGUUGAAUUAGAAAAUAUUCAUGAACAAGUUACACAAAAUGAUUUACAUCAAAAACAAGAACGACAAAUACCAACAACACGUAAAGUACUUACUAAACAUAUGACAGUUAUAGGUGAUGGUAAUGAUAUAGACACACUUAAAAUAACAACACAAUGA